AUGCUGCGUUGUUCGCCACAAUGCCUUCUCUUCAGUGGGCUGGGCCGCACAAAGCUCGGCGCUGAGGUGCUGAUGAAGACGCGCUGCGAGAUGCGGGAGAUGUCGCAGUCGGACAAUCGCUUUUUUCGUUUCCUGACGCGGCGGCGGCCGAUUGACUACCUGGCGCUUGAGGUGGACGGCCCCGUCACGAGGGAGCUGCACCCGUCCUUCCGCAUCAUGAAAAACGUGUGCACAUUCCUACUUGUGGCCCCAGUCUUUGCCCUGCUGGUGACGGGCGUCUUGUCGCCGAGCUACUACGUGCUGGUGCCGACAGGCCUCCUCACGGCGGACCAGUUCGAGCGCAUGUGGGAGUUCUCGCACUGGGCGGUUGUCCUCGCCGGCCAACUCUGCCUGUUCCUCGUCUUCUACGACCUCACGGUGUACGUGCGGUACCCCCUCUUCUCCCACGUGCUGGCGCCGUUCUACCGUCGGAUGGGGUGGCGGCGCUCGCAGCUGCGGUCGCAGGCCAAGACGCUUGACGAGUUGCAGCGGCGCCGACCGCACGCGCGACCGCUCGGCGUCCCGCUGAGUGAAGCGAAGCGGGCGUCGCGUGAUGUGCGGCGCCCCGACCCUUUCGGGGGCCGGCAGAAGAAAAGGGAGUAG